AUGGCAGUUACUAGAGAGAAAGAAAAUUGUUCAAGAAAAAUUAAUGGAAAUAUACCUGCAUUAUCCCUCAAUAGCGACAAUAUGUCGACGUCCACUGAUAGUGACGACGUAGCGGACCCAACAUACGAAAUUAGGAACAUUCAAAGUAUCAUAAACGUAACCCGUGAAAAUAUUGACGCACUGAAUGCAAAAUUUGCUGGUUUCCAACAUCCUCCGUCACUGUAUCUUUCGGAGUACCAAGAGUUGACGUCGAAGUUGCAUAACUUAGAGCUUAGGGAGCGUAAUCUAAGGGAAUUACUGCAGUCUGAGUCGCCGGACAGAAGCGAGGAGUACUCACUGCAGGAUGACUCUAAAAAGUUCGACACGUUAACGCGGCAGCCGAAGGUGUUCUUGCGGGCACACCUUCCGAACCAGCAGCGGACGAGCGUGCAAGUGAAGGAGGGUGUGACCCUGCGGGACUCGUUGUCAAAGGCGCUGAAGCUGCGCAACCUGACGUGGGAGAUGUGUGAAGUGGUGCGGACAGGCAAUAAUCUAGUGAUACCGUGGGACAUUGAUAUAACCGUGAUCGACGCCGAGGAGGUAACAGUCCGGACCCUGGACAAGCUGCCGAUAAUGUCACACAUUUCCCAUCAGUUCACACGAAAAACCUUCUUCACAUUGGCGUUCUGCGAAUGCUGCCGGCGACUUCUCUUCAACGGCUUCUACUGCUCACAGUGUAAUUUCAAAUUCCAUCAGCGGUGCGCUGAUAAAGUGCCCAGUAUUUGUCACCAGGUCCGCAUGACAGAUUCCUACUACGCAGCUCUGCUGGCGCAGAACCCGGAGACGCAAGCUGGCAUCCUGCACUUCCCGCCACACUUUGGGUCUAUCUCCCCCGCGAAGAAAAUGAAGGAAUUCGAUGUUCACUGGCAACAACACCCGCGGUCGUUGAACCAGCAGGACAGAUCGAGUUCUGCGCCCAACGUGUGCAUCAACAUGGUACAGAAAUCCAUAACACUAGCCGAACAUCAGAAGAAGCAUAACCAGCACUGCAAUAAUUCACCUCAGUCAUCCAACCACCUGACGUCGGGGCGCCACAAACAGGACGAUAAAGACAAGAACUCCGAUUCGCCACAAUCACAACACAGUCAAAGCACGCAGGCGUCACCGACGGGCACGCUCCGGCCGAGGCGAGCGCGCGCGCGCUCCGCGGACGAGUCGUGGAAGCACGCGCUUUCGCCGCGGGAGAGUUACGACGACUGGGUCAUACACGCCGAUGAAAUACUUAUCGGGCCCAGGAUAGGGUCAGGCAGUUUCGGAACAGUGUAUAAGGCGCAUUGGCACGGCCA